AUGGGUCCAGACAACUUUAGGAACAUCAAAGCCGAGAAGGCGAAGGCGAUUCAGAGGUUUAGGAGGAUGCAAAUGGUCACCGCCGCGCUCCGGUUUCUUGAAUUCUGCAUGUUUUUGGGCAUAGUCUGUAGGGUUUCCGCUCACUUGAACGUCGCUGCUUUCAAACUCUCCGGCGAGUAUUUCAGGGGGCUCUCCGGCGCCUUGAUCAGUCCCCGCUUCGUGUUCGUCGUCGGAAACGCCAUAUUCAUCGUCUUGUUCCUCCAGUCCGGUCAUUCGCCGGAGAAACAUGGGUCCGCCGGCAAUGGGAAAGGCGAUUUCCACGAGGAAUACAUGAAACAAUCUGGGAAUAAGAAUCAGAGCUUUUACAGCAACUAUAAUGGGGAGAUGAAGAAACAGGUGAAACAAACUACUGCAUGUACAUAUUACGCCAAAGAAAGGAGAAUAAUGCAGAGGAGCCAGUCGGAGAAGUUGAAGAGGUUAAACUACUGCGGCGGCGAGGAAGCGCCUGGGAGGGAACUAAGGAGGUCUGCGACGUCCGUGAGUCGCCGGAAAAGUGAGGUGGCGACGGAAGAAAUGAGCAGCGAAGCCUUUAGGCGUAAAGUGGAGGAUUUCAUUGCAAGGCAACAAAGGGCUUUGAGGGAAGAAGAAGAGUUGUCAGUUUUUGGUUCAACUUAA